UGCCAGAAGAGAGCACACAUCCUCGUACAGGCAGCACCAGACUAAGGCAUCAUGGUUGCUAUCACCCAUCUUUUCGCCUUGCUCGGCGCCGCCUCUCUGGCGCUCGGGGUCCCCUUUCAUCCCGACCAGGACCACAAGCAUCAUGUGGAGCAUCAUGGUGACCAUCUUCGUGAAGCUCGUUCCGAACUUCACCACUUCGAACAUCAUCUUGAGCGCGAGGAACAUCGUCGUGAGCAUCAUGAUCGCGAACAUCAUGAUCGUGAACAUCAUGAUCGUGAACAUCACGAUCGCGAACACCAUGCUCGCGAACAUCAUGAGCGCGAACAGCGUCGUAAACAUCAUCGCGAGCAGCAUCGCGAAAAGCAUCCCGAGCGUCAUCACCAUCAGAAGCAUGAUCCCCAUCACCCUAACCAUCCCGAACAUCAUCCCAAGCAUCAUCACACUGACAAGAAGCAUCCCGAGCAUCACACUACUGACCACAAGCAUCACACUACUAGCACCACCUCCCAUCACCACACCACUUCCGACCCUCAUCACACUACUAGCACCCACUCUCAUCAUGACACCACUACUAGCUCGCCAACGAAGAAGACGACCAGCACUUCCUCGAAGAAGACUACGAGCUCGCCAACGAAGAAGACGACCAGCACUUCCUCGAAGAAGUCGACUAGCACUUCCUCCACCUCUUCACAUUCGACCCACUCCACCAGCUCGUCUACCACCAAGUCUACCGACACCGUCGGUCCCACAUCGACGAGCACCACUUCUUCUGCGCACAAGAAGGUCUCUAGCUCUUCUACCUCUUCAAGCACGAGCAGCUCUUCCACUUCUUCGAAGUCUUCCAGCUCGUCGACCUCUUCAAGCAAGACCAGCUCUUCUACCUCGUCAAGCACGACCAGCUCUUCGACCUCUUCAUCAUCUACAAGCACUCCCAGUGUCAACAGCACGAGCACUACGAGCGCCAAGUCGACGCAAAGCACCACGACUCCGGCUGUGAACUCCACGAGCACAUCGACAACAUCUACAAGCACUCCUUCCGUCAACAGCACCACUUCGAGCGUGCAGUCGACUCCAAGCACUUCUACCACAGCCGUCAACAGCACUGCGAGCGCCCAAUCUACCGCCAGCACCUCAACCCCGGCCGUCAACA